AUGCGGUUUCUCGAGGAGCAAUUUGCCGUGAAGGAGAGGUUGUCGAGCGAGCAGACGUGGUCUACGCCGGGUCCGCAUGAAAGAAAAGUUUCAACGGUUCGCGAAUUCUAUCGAGCCUUUCACGACAAGAGCACCUUGGCGAUCCAGACGUGCAUGGUGUGCUACCGGAAACGCACAGAGAAGGAGCUGUGGAGGAUGCCGUGGAGCGACUGGGUGUCAAGAGUCGUGCCGAGGGGAGGACGCUCCCCAUUCGGCUGUCCGAGUUGCUUUCCCGCCGGCAGGUCCGUGCCCGUCUGCGCGGAGUGCGCCCGACACCUGGGGCGCGGCAGCCUAUCGCCAGCUUCUCAGCUUCACGGCCGCCUCCGGUGCGAGCACGUGUUUCCCGAGGAGCUCAAGGGCCUCUCGCCGGUUGAGGAGAAGUUGAUCGCGCUAAACUCGUGCUACGGGCUCUUCACACGCCAUGCGGUCUCCGGUGGGCAGAGGCAGGCCGUGCGGUACCCGAAGCACGUGAAAGGUCACAUUACCGUGUUCCCGAAUAAUGUGCAGGAGUUGGCAACCAAAGUGUUGCCACAUCCGCUUUUGCAAGUCAUGGACGAGAUCCACGUGUCGUGGCAAGGGCCGGAAAAGCCGACGCCGACCGAUCUUUCGGGAUUGUUGUCGGUAAGACGUCGGGUGGUUGAGAGGGCCCUCGUCUGGCUGAAAAAGAACAAUCCCCAUUAUGCCGACGUCGAGAUCGACCAGGCCGAGAUGGACACCUGGGGAGCCCCGGUUGAUGGGGUCCCGCUCGCAGUCUCUAAUCGCCUAGAGCGGUACGAGCCGUCCGCGUGGGAGAAGACGCGAACGGCGCAUGUGGUGCCGGCUACGGAGCGUGGCAUGGAUGAGGAAGGGGCAGUGGAGAUCGAAGACAUUCUUGCCUCGCUCGACGGCGGGGACAAUUCUCUGGAGGGUCGGGCCGACUGGGAAGGGGAUGGGGUAGGCGACGAAGGGGACUUGCAUGCCGAAUGUGGCCGUUCCGCCGACCCUGGGAGGGAGACGGUCAAUGAGGUGACAUCUUCCGGUAUGUUUGCGCUGGACGGUGCGCCGGACGUGGCGGACGUCGAAAAGCUGCGAUUCGCCUGCCAGGCGGUUGGUGGCACGGCCGGCGAUGGUCGGGCCGGCCCGCAAGCCGCGGUGCUAACGCCGGGGGAAGGAGCCUCCGAGGUCGCGGAGGGCCGCGAGGCGUUCAUUCGCGUCUCAAGGGGUGACGACUUUGCCGACUCGUCUGAAGCCGCCUUCUUUGCGAAGACGUUUCCGACCUUGUUUCCGUUCGGUGUGGGAGGGCCACGGUUGGCCGAAGAGGCCGUACUUGACGCAGGGCAAGCUAGCGCCCCCGCCGCGACGGCUUCGUAUGGCAGGGCGGCGGAGGCGGACGCAGCUGCCGGAUCCCUCGUCGCCUCCAGGAACCUGAAUCUCCGGGCAUGGGCUGAUAUCGUGCUCCGUCGCCACGGCGGGCGAUUCGCGACGCACCACAUCUUCGCGUUUCUAGUAUUCAACAUGGGAGUGCGGUCGAGGAAUCGCCGUGUUAGCAUGCUGAGCGUGACGCGGAAGAACUUUCACACAAUCGAGCGCAUAGUGCGGUCAAUGACGCCCGAGAGAUUAGCGGCGGCGAGCACGGAGUUGGAGAGCUCGGGCAAAACCAGCGACGACGGCGUCAAGGACUUACUUAGGAGCCUGUCGCUGUAUGGAUAUCGGCAGCCCAUGUCGAGGGAGACACGCCUGAAUAUGCGGCGCAAGAUCCAAUCGCUCAUUGUCGGGCACGGCGUACCGGCCAUCUGGUUCACCUUGAACCCGAAUGAUAUCACGAACCCGGUGAAGCUGCGUCUGGCAGCGUACCGCACACGCGAUCCUGACGAGGCCGAGGCAUUCCUCGAAGGCCUCGGGAAUGCAUACAAGCGAACACGGCUGGUCAUCUCAGAUCCGAUGAGCUCCGCCACAUUCUUCCACCGCGAGAUGACCCUUUUCUUCGAGAAGUACGUCAAUCUGGGGGAGGAAUCGGUGUUUGGACGAAUCAGCCAAUACUUUGGCGCCGUGGAGACGAACGAACGAGGGGCGCUCCAUAUUCACGGCUUGCUCUGGUUGCACGGCAACGCGCAGCUGGCAUCGGUGCUCGCCGAUGUUCAUGGAGAGGAGCAGACCGCGUACCGGGAGCGAAUCAUUCGCUACGUCGACAGUGUUUUCUCCGAGGACCUCGACGCGGAAGGGUUUUGCGCCAUUCAGGCGGAGCGAUCAGCAGUCUCGGACAUAUCCACCAGGUUGGACGACAUGGAGCAAUUCUCGUCGGCUUUCGGUGAAGAGGCGAAUUUCUGUGCCGGUGCGACGCAAAUCCACACCCAUAGCGCGACUUGCGUCAAGUAUACUCUGGGCAAACAGAGGCAAGCAGGCGCCUUGUGCCGGUUCAGGGCACCCUGGAAAUUGGUCGAGAAGACCGCCUUCACGGAGGAAGGGGUCCUGAAGAUUCGGAGGACGCACCCCCUGGUGAACCGAUGGAACAAGGCGAUAGCUGUGGGUCUGCGGCACAACCACGACAUUUCCUUCAUAGCGACGCAGCAGAAGACCAUGGCCCUCAUCUAUUACGUGACGAACUAUUCGACCAAGAUCGAAGAUCCGAUAUGGAAGAGGGCGGUGACGGCGGCGGAGCUCCUCCCUUUGAUGAGCGGCGACAACAUGGCCAAUGAAGGCGAGACGGUGGGGGGAAGCGGCGGGACGAUCGAGCGCGCCACUGAGAACAGAACGCGACAGUUCCUGAUGAAGGUGGCAAACCGGGUCUUCACCGAGCGCCCAUUGUCGCAGGUCGAAGUCGUUGCUCACCUUCUGGGCUACCCGUCAGAAUAUUCGAGCAGCAGCGCCUGGGCAUACUUGAACACGUCCUUGUUAUAUUGGCACAUAUUCCGACGAUGGCGGCAUCUUCGACAAGCGAGCGGUUCCACUGUCGCCAGCGAUGUCGUGGACGAGUCGAUCGUCGUCGAGGAGGCGGGCCACAGGCUCGGCCACGUCGAGGCCUACCAUCAUCGCGGCCAGCUCUUGGGAGACCUGUGCUUGUACGACUAUGUUUCGAUCGUGAGGCUGAAGCGGCGCGAUGACAGCAAAGAGGAGCUUGCCGCCGCCUGGGGCGAGGCGACGGUCUGCCUCGACGGCUACCUGAGCAAGGACUUCUCCGAAGCCGAGGACGAUGAGGCAUGCUAUCGAAGGGCGGCCGUGCAGCAUCUUGCGCUAUUCGUACCCUGGGAGACAUUUCUCUGCGAGGGAAGUGGCGAUAUCAACGACAUCUGGUGGCGAGCUCGAGGAAGUCUCCCUCCGAGGAUAUCUUGUGUCGUCGAGAACGUGCAGCUGCUUCGACGCUCGGCCGAGGACGCAAAGCGCGACGCGAAACAGUGGGCGGCAUCAUCGGCAGAUGGUGACGGGACGGCUGUCCAUUUCGACGAAGGCGAGACGGUCGAGGCAACCAGGGAAGCGUACGAAGUCGGCAAGAUUGGGGAAGCGACGCGGCUCAUGGACGUCGUGCGAAACGCCCUGAGCCAAGGCCAGGUAACUGCUGGGUCGGAAGAGCUGAUGACAAUGUUACAGCAGCUCGGCCGGUUCCAGCACUCGGCGCUCAGCUCAGCGGCCGAGCUCGAGGCGGCCGUAGCGCCGGAAAGCGGCGUUCGAAGGAUAAGCCUGCCGGGGCAAGUGUUCACCGGGGCCGCGGUACCGUCGCAGGACCAAGUACGAGGCAUCAAGUCGCAGCAGAUGAGUGCCUCGAGGGAGAGAGAGAGGAUGAUCCAAGGCAUACAAGGCGGCCACGCCGUCGCCGAAACGGAUCGCCGAGCCGCUCUUCGCGCCGUACUGAGCGGUUUCGGGGAGGACGACAUUGAGGUGGCGGCGACCGACAUCCCUGAGAUGAGCGGCACCACAGCUGCGGAGAUGGAGGUGCGGCUCGGCCCGUCGAGCUCGUUUCUCGCCGUGGGCAGAGAGUGGGCAAGGCGGCUGACGCUGAACGAGAGACAAUCGAUCGCCUUUCUGAUCAUCUGUCGGCAGCUCGACCUGAUGGGGGGAAACGAGACGGCCGAAGCCGAGCAGCUGUGCCAGUUCAUCGGAGGCGAAGGCGGGACCGGCAAGUCGCGCGUGAUCGAAGCACUGGUAAGGUUGUUCGCGGCGAGGGGCGUAUCGAACCGCCUCCUCAUCACGGCAACGUCCGGGACUGCCGCGGCUAGGAUCAACGGCAUCACGAUACACUCCGCGUGCGGUUUCACCAAGGACCAAGGGAGCCUCGGCGCGAACGCGUCGAGAGACGUCGACGGGGUGCGCCUGCCCCAGCAAGGGGAGCGAUUCGUCCACGGCCAGUCCCGGAUGGACUGGCAGGAAAAGGACGUCCUCGUUAUCGACGAGGUGAGCAUGCUCGGGGCACGGACGCUGCACGCAGUCAACGAGCAACUCUGCCGGCUCCGCGGGUCGCAGCGAGACUUUGGGGGGAUCCCGAUCGUGCUCUUCUGUGGAGAUUUCCACCAGUUUCGCCCCGUGCAGGAACGGUCGAUCUUGCUGCCGAGCACGGCCAUCUCGUGGGACGUGGACAACUCUUUCAAGGCCGAGCAGCGGCACCAGCACGACAAGGCGCACGCGCUGUGGAGGCGGUUCACGACGGUGAUCAUGUUGAACGAGCAAAUGCGCGCCGCGAGAGAUCCGGAGCUGCAGAGGCUGCUGACGCGCAUCCGGCGGGGCGAGCAGGACCACACAGACUUGGAAUUCCUCAACUCAAGGUGCUACCGGGAGGGUAGACGCAUCCCGUGGGAAACGGGCAUCACCGUUGUGACGCCGCUGAACAGGAACCGCUGGAACCUCAACAUGGAGGCGAGCGUGGCGUUCCAGGUCCAGCAGCGGUCGAUGAUGCGCAUCUUCAUCUCGGAGCACAAGUGGAAGGACGGCGUGCCGACGGAGGAGGAGGCCAUCAUGAUCCUGAACCAAGGCGACGAUAGCGCGAUCCCCGUGCCGGCGGUCUUCAUGUUCGUGCCGGGCAUGCCGGUCGUCGUGAAUCGGAAUACGUACCAGGGCCUGAGAGAGUUGGAUCCCAGGAUCACGUGCCCUGCUACUGCCUGGUAG